AAGCAGUUAUCUUUGUAUAUAUGUAUAUAUGUAUGUAUUGUAAAAUUUCGCGAAUUUCAGAUGUAGUUGGAUUCAAUAUAAAAUGGGUAAACUCUUUAACUUUUUACAUACAUAUAUGCAAAUUGUGUGCAGUGGCCGUUUCAAAAGCGGUACUUCCUCGAAGUGCGCGCACCAUUCAGUUGUGGUACCGCCCGUAGUAUGAGAUCACACACGCACACAUCCUCGUCCUGCAGUUACAAGUGCGCCAUAAUUCAUUCAACUCACUCAUGCAGAGGACACACUCAGUCGGUGCCGUGUUGUGCACUUCCUUUUCAUGUUUGAAGUGCAAGGAAGGUGCGGAAGUGGGUGGCGGGUAGCAAAUGCGCCAAGCUGGUAUGUUUGCAGCCAUAUGGCUUGGAAGAGAGCUUAAAAAAGCUGUGUCGAGGUUAGCACGCCAGUUAAGAACUCCAUUGGGACUGCUAUGUACUUGAAAUUCAUUAAUCACGCCCGCUUUAUUAGGAAGAAAAGUUGAACUGUGGUAAGACAAAACAGCGGGGAAGCGUAAAUUUAGAAACAAAGCUUAAAAAGGAGAAGGUGAGGGGCUGAGAUGUGCAGAGACUUCUCCACACGCCAUGUCCAUUAGGUGAAAUCGCCUGCUGUUUGUUUUUUUAAUAAUUUUCCUAAGUGAUUUCAGUUCGUAAUUAAAUCCUUUACAGUAGGUAAACUAAAUAAAAUGCAAAUUUGCCACCGCACAGCAAGUGUCUGAAAACCAUUUUCAAUGGCAGGUAAAAAAAGUGAUAACUCAGUGUUCGUUACUGUUAGUGCUGAAUGAAAAAGUAGGUGAACAAAUUUGUAAUUUUUAAAAUUUAUUUAAUUAUACACUUUGGUCGAACUACUGUAGAGAAUUCGUUGCGAAACACAGAACUAAGCGGCUGAGCCCGAAUACAAUGCACAAUCGACUGUACGGAUUUUCUAAAGUGAGAUAAACCCAACAAAAUGUGUACUGGAAAACAAAGGAACGUUUAAUUUUUCAGACCAGAAUGGACCAAAUAUACUGACCAUGCAGAAAGAAGAAAUAUGUAUUCUAUAUAGUACACAAUCAAUUUUUCGCCUGAAGGCUUCUUAAAAAUAAGAUGGAGCCACACGAGCGCAUCAUAAAAACAACAGCAACAGACACAACAAUCACAAUAGGAAAGUCUAGGACUGAUCAGCAACAACAACCCAGCAUUGCUAUAUCGGAGUCGGGGAGCAGUUCUGCCAUCGCUCCAAACAGUAGAUCUAAAUACGAUGGCAACAAUGCGAAGCGUGCACCUCCCCUGAAGGCGACCACCGCCGUCAAUGCCACUAGUAGUGCUGCCCCACUGAGCAGCAGCGACACCCUUGGUCAGCCGCAGCUGCAGCAUCAGCAGGUGGCAGCGGGUGUGGGCGGCAUGUUCAAAGGAGCCACUACGCUCACCACACCUUCGACGCCGCGCAUCGAACUGAGUCGCGCAUCGUCGUCGUCGCAUCACGAAGAGGAUAGCCGGGAAAGCAGUCCGGAGAAUGUGUUCGAGCAGGUUGGCACUGGCACCCUACAGGAAACAAUCGGCGUGGGAUUUCGUGAAGAAGGCGCAUUGGAGUUACGCAGUUCAACGGAGGAAUUGUACUUUAUGGAUCCCGAACAGAAGAAGGAAGAGCAGGCGAAGUUGCAACAGCAGCAAGCAAAGCGCUCCUCGCCGCACAUAUUUAAAUUUGACGAGCAUCAGAGCUAUUUGCAGCAACAUCAGCGUAAGGACUCUGCGAGUUCCGAGGUCGCUGCUCUGCUCUGUAUUUCCGGACGCACAAGUCGCAUUUCUAGUGUUGGCAGUCAAGGUUCAGCUGUGAGUCGUCUUUCGGCUAUAUCGGGCGUUUCGCGUUCGCCUUCACCACAUCGCAUGCUUUUGGAGACAUCAUUUUGUGGGCCAAAGCCAUUGGAAAAUGUAGUAGACGGCCACAUCUCAACCACCAUUGAACCUCCAACGGCUGAGUUACUUGAGCAAGUUUUGUUGGCACGUAAACACGAUCCAACGCAGGCAGUGCUGGCGGAAGGUAUUACCGUGGAAAGUUCGCCUAAAAAGAAGGCAACAUCACUGUCGAACGGUGAAACUAAGCCCUCGUCGAAAAGUGCUAAGAAAGUCGACCGACCCAGCGCUGUGGCUAUUUCUGCCUCUGGUGUUGGAAAGCCAACUAUGGGCUCUCAGCGUCGAAGUACCAAAAGUCCUGGACAGAUGGUAAUUGGAAAGACCCCAAGUGGCACCGAGUAUAUACGCAUUAACCUGAAGCCCGACUACAUGUACGACGAUAGGGGUAUUGCACCUCAUGAAAAAGUUGUAGAAGCUCCGAACAGUAUCGCACCACUUUAUUCGCGUAGUCAGAAAAAACCUGCUUCGCUCAGCUUAGGUCGGACUGCCGUAGACGAGAACCGUCUCACACCUACGGCAAGUCCUAAGCCCGUGCGUCAUGGUGUUUUGGCCAAGGAUGCACACGGUAGCCGUUCGCCUUCCCCAGCUACUGGAUCAGUUUCACGGAAAAGUUCAUUUAGUUCAAUAUUUCGUCUUGGCGGCAAGGAUUCACCCGAUUCACCACGCGAACGUUCACGUUCACGUAGCAAAAGUAAAGAACGUCAAACGCCGCAGUCACAAAAUGUUACGCCAAGCAAACAAAAAUCCGUUUUAGCGAUUUUCAAGCCAGGCAAACGUGGCAGUAAUGCGGGAGCUGAUGCUAAAUCUUCGAAGAGUUCCUCGCCAAUCGAUGGCCAUGAACUUCAGCAACAGGCUCAACAAAUGCGCAGCAAGUCACAUACACCAUCAUCAACUAUUACUGGCGGAGGGUCUCGGCCUGCGAGCAGAUUACGUUAUUAUGAUGAACCAGUAGAAGGCGUGAUUCAUAUACCUCUUCAUACCCCACCAGAGGAAAAGGAGACACGAAAAUUACUGCAUGGUAUACAACAACUGAAUGCGGAGCCGAUGCGUCCAGUACCAACUGCUAUAACUGCUAGCCAACUGGCCGCGGCUGCUGCAGCUUUGAAGCCCGUGGGAGCUCGUAAGGGUUCGGGGAGUGGCUCAUCAGGAAGCGGUCAAUCUCAGCCACGUUCUCAACAGUUAGACAAGUUGCAGCGCAUUGAAAAUCUCGAUGCCAUACACUCGCUGUCACAAGAUGAUGACAAUAAAGAGCGCACGUGGAGCUUGGAGGUGAACAAGCAUAGUUCACAAGAUUCGCAGGAAACUGCUGGUUCUGAAGCAAGUUACGCGAGCGCCAUCAAAGUAAAUCUUCGUUCAAACUUGGCAAAUGUAAAAGAAAAUGUGGUACAAGAAAAUGGUGUGGCAGCGGAGGCUGAAGUUCAUCGAUUGCCCUCAGUAGAUAGUGGUGGUGAGAUAAAAGUAGUUGAAACGGUGGCCAUGGUGAACGUGAAUAUAACGCAAGUUCAGCCCGAAAGUGAACAUUCAAAAGAAAAGCGUCGACUGCUUUUUACCACACGUCUAGGCUCGGGUAGUCAGGAUCAAAUCUUUUCGACGCAAUUUAGUAUUUCAAAGACCGAGAGUCAAUCUAGCCAGCUAUCAGAGCAAGUACAGGAGACAAUAGCUGAAAGUCCUGUGUCAGAAACCCUACACAGGCAAGGCACAGUGAUACGCCGCCCAGAGGAUGAAGUGGAAACCGCUACUCAAGUAAAAGAGUUCAAAGAGCCGACUAAAUUGCCACCCAAACGGCGAAGCUCCACAGAAUCGUCAGCACGUCGUCAGAAGUCGAUCUCUACAUCUGAAGACGAAAAACAUAAUGUGCAAACAACAGUUACUGCAGUGGUUAUGAGACGUAAAGAAUCCCAUGAGGAACCAAGACGAAAAUCGCGGUCUACAUCCGAAGAGGACGCAGAGGCUGGUGGCGGUGUUCUAAAUCAACGACAUUCGCGUUAUCUGGAAAACUUUGAUGUGCGGAAAAAAUACCACGAAAAUAUACCACGAAAACCGAAACGGCAAGGCUUUUCCGAAACAAAACGUGGUGAGAGCGCAGAGGAGACUGCUAUAUCUGCAAUAGGUCAUCAGGAAUAUCAAAAAAUACCGAAACUACAAAAACAACAGCAACAAUAUCAACAACGUAAGCCAACACUGCCUCAGCCGCCACCACCAUCUACAGCCCCUUCACCUUCACCGCCUCCAAAUGCUGCGUCCGCACCGGACAGCCGGUCACCAACGCCAACAAAACGUGCGCCACGUUCACAAUCCCAGUCACCAAUAGAUCGUUCUGGAAAGCAAACACCCGUUAAACCACCAAGGACCUCGACACCCACUCGCCGCUCACAUGUCGCACCCGAAAGACAAUCAAUGCCUUCAACCGAUGAGCCAGCUGAGUCAUCCGAAAGCGAACGAGACUCAGACUUAGCGGUUGGCUCUUCAGCCGCAACCGAUCCUAAGCGGCGCCACUUGCCACGUCAUGUGGGCGCCAUAGAAGAUCACGAAAGUACAGGACUCGUCUCGCAAGAGUCUUUCGACGAGCUUCCCUACGUGCCCACCACCCUACCAGAGGAGCGCGCACAAGGUAUUCCGCUCAUUCCUAUGAAAGAUCGGGCCAACAUGGAAUUGAAAACUUGUCCUGUGGAGCGACCACGCUCAACUACACCACUAAAUCCCUCACAUUUGGAAGAAUAUUGUGGCAUAGUUACACCCCAGGAACAAACUUAUGAAUUUAGUGGCUCCGUGCCCGUACGUGGAGAGAAACUACGCAUCAGUCUGCCACGUAAAGACUCUACUAAGGAGCGGGUACAAAGCGCGAAGUCACCACGACGCCCAUCCAAUACGAGCGGAAAAUCUUGGUUCGAGUUUGCAGAAGAGGGCCUGCGCGCUACUGCGGCCAACUUGGAGCGUAAGGACUCCAAUAAGCAAUUGCUCACACAGCAACAACCAGAAGUGGAAACUAAAACAAAGGCGGCUGUUGGUAAGGCCAUCACAACUACAGUGCAAACUACACAGAAACAAAUCACAUCAACCUCUGGCACCACAUCAACGCAACGCAAACUUUCCGGGCACUGGAUAGAUUUCGAAAAUAUACCAGAAAAACGCAAGCCACCAAAGCGAAUCACGGCAUUGCCCAAAGAUGGGGCUAUAACAACAACUACUAGCAGCAGUCGAACUCAUGCCACCGCUUCGAGCGCCCUACAUGCAACACAUACCCAAUCACACGGACAUGUACAUGGACAUCCACCACCACAACCCGAUGUGACUAUGGACGGCAAAAUCCAUUACAACUACGUGAAACCAGAAGAUUGUCAGUGCGAGUGUCACGAGGCAAAGCGCGAAGGGGGCGUCGGCGCUGAGGCAAGCGAUGAUGCAGGCACCGCCGGCGCGGAAGAUGAGGCUGAGGGCGUAGCAAGUAGCAAAUCCAUAACCAGCGUUGAUCUGCUACAGCAAGGUGAGGAUAUGCUGCCUCUGCUAGACCCCGACACACAGGAUGGAAUUGAGCCAAGUGACUCCUCACGUGAAUACAGCUGCUAUACGGAUGACGAGAUGGAUGUGCCAAUGCGACAGACUAGCUCAAGACGCCCGAAGAGCAAUCCCUCAAAGUUGGACGAGUUUCCGCGUCGUGAUAUAUCACACAGUCCCCGCAAUCGGAAGUUUCCGGACAAUCGCAAGUGAGGCCUUUGGCGGUUCUGCAAUGAGUUGUUUGUUUUAUCUUUAAUUUCGUUGAGGAAAUUCGCUUAUCAAAACUUGUCAGUUGACUUGGAGUGGCUGGAGUAAAGCCCCUUUACUCCGCUUUUGUUAAUUUGUAGUCAUCCUUUUAAGAUGAGGUAGUAAAAUUUAGUCAGAUUUACACUUAAGUAGUCGAAAUAUUUAACAUUUAUUUGUGAAAGUAUGAUAGUUGCAAUAUUUAGAUAAUCUUUUUUUACAAAUUUACUACACUUCGUUGGGAUCAGUGAUCUUUGUUUAAUGCUUUAAAUUAGUUAGUAAAAUGCAAUUAAACUGCCAAAAACCGUAGCGAUGGUGAAAUCGAAUCAAAUCUUGGCAUUACGCGGCACAGAAACGAACACCUUUUGAAAGGCACUCGAACACGAAAAUUGGUUAAGCAUUCAAAUCAGAACUUAUUCUAUAAGGAAUCAGCUAAUUCUUACAAUACAUACAUAUUACUACUACAAAUACAAGUACAUGCAUACGUAUAUACAACCAUAUAUAAAGCAUAUGAAAAGUUUACUUAUUAAUACAUACAUACAUACUUAUACAUACGUACUCGUACAUGUUCGUCUCACUUACAUAAAUACUUGAUAUCAAAUUAGUUAGCUGAGGAUUUUUAUGAAUUUAGGAGCGCAAGAAAAUACAAUUUAUACAAAAAUACGACACGCAAAUACUUGUACUUUAUAUAAGACACUCGGUUGCUUAACUUUUAGAGCUACUAAGUAGGGCAACUGUGUUAAAGGGGGCUCGGGUUUCUUAGGAAGAAAUAUAGCGCAGAUGUAUUGAAUAAUUAACAUCUCAGUGUUAUUGUAAUUUCCCAAUAUUUGGAAACCAAAUUUCCGCUAAAAAUACUCUUAAAUAUAGAAAAUAUUGUCAGUGGUAUUGUUGAAGGAAACGAAAGUUGUUUAAGGCUGUUAUCAAAGCCUUUUGACAUUAAAUGUGUGUAUGCGUGUAUACUUGUCGUAGCUGUAAGAAUUGAAUUGCAUAUACAUACAUACAUAUUUCGCUGGCCUGUAGUGGAGCACAUUAAAUUUGAAAUUAAGAUUUGAAAAAUUCUUAUGACAUUAGUAAAUGGGUCCUUUAGUAUUAGGAAUUAUGUGGCACCCGAUAGAGUUGUUUGACAAAUAUGAAUAAGAAAGAGUUGUUGUUGUUGUUUUGAAUAGAGAAUAAGCAAAAUCGACCCUAUUCAGAGUUCUAGAUGUUCAUCCAUGUAUUUUUAUAAAUCCACUAAAAAUCGAAAUUGAAGCCACACGCAUGCAGGUAUGUGUGUAUGCACGUAAAAAGCACUUACUUAUGCUUUCUAUAUUGAGAUUGCCACUCAGACUUCCUCUUCACGAGUGCCUACAAAUACCUUUUCGGAAAAGCGCUUAGAGCUUAGAGCAAUAAAUAAACUGGAAACUUGUCUGACUUUAGAUUGGUAUUAGAAAGGCGGAAGUGAUACCUACAGGGUGUGUACAGUAUUUGAGUGCAACUUGAGAGUAAAAGUAAUUAGCUUUUAUUUUUAACAAAAUUUUAAUGAAUCUUCACGAAUAUUUUACAAAACAUUAACCAUAAAAUCAUUCAAUAAAUUUUCAUUAGCUGCAAUAACCUCCCCAAUCGGGGUCCAAAAACGAUUGCAUGCCCGAAUCAAAUGGACUUAACGGUAUUGAUUGCAGCCUUCAGAGAAGAAAUGGUGUUAUUGGUUUCACGCUCAACUAAGCCCCAUACCUUGUAAUCCAGGGGAUUAAGGUCUGGGAGUCAGUGCUCUCAGGCUGUUGAGUGUUUUUAUUUUUGCUUAGAAGACGUUUUGUUGUUGCUGUUGUUGUGGCAGUAGCUUUGCCCUGUCAGUGUAGUGUAAAUCACCGGUCGUCUUCGUCGAGAUCAUCUAAAGGUAGGCUCAGGAAACUUGCUGUUUCGACAGGUUGGGUUGACAGUCCAGAGGGAGAGGGGUGCUAGAUGAGCCUUUUGAUCGAAUAACUCGCUGUUCUCAUGCUUGCUCCGGCAUAAACUGCCUUCUGCGCAUAACGUAGGUUUUAUACCGGAGAUCCUCAAGAGCAACUCGACGGAUAAGACCUUAAGAAACAUUAACCUUCCUCGCAGAUCGGACAAUGUUAGAACGUUCCUAGGGGUUUUGCGUUUUGCAACAGAUUCUGUAUCGUCGCCUGAUGCUUCCAAUUCCCGGCAAACCUUAUGAACGAAUAAAGGGCGUACUUAAGAAAAUUAGAGAUUUCUAAAUCGGUGUGAUUUGCACAUAUAGCGACGAUAACUGCUUCUAUUUCCCUGCUUGAUUUAAGCUCUUGUCCUCCAUUUCUUAUCUGAAAAAGAGCCAAAAGAAAAAUAACGAACCUUGUAUUUAAAUGGCCCCUAUCCCUUCAUCAUCCGCCUAUCUGCUGAGGGUAUGACUUUUAAAAAUGCACUACGGGCUAAUUUUUUUCUAGCAUAGGCUGAAAAUUCUGCAGUAUAAGCCUGUUACUGUAGAUGAAAUCUAAUAUUUGUAUCGCUUAUAAAUUGAGUUAUAGGAAUUUGCGUGUAGAUAGUUUGACGCAUUUGCUGUCAUAAAAAAGUAACACGAAAUUUUCCAUGCUUUUGGUUAAUUAUCUUUCAUUUGUAAUAUUAAGCGCAUGCCUCGACAAUAUUUUCCUCAAAGACAUUUCCAAUCAAAGUUUAAGGUAUUUUUAAUUUCUUUGAAUUUUCUGAUAAAAUUUGCUCGAUGUUCGCUCAAACUUCGAACCAAUGGCAGGAUAAAACGUAAGCUAUUUCCAUAACAGCUUCCAUUUUCAGGUGCCUCAAGCAAGCUUGUGCGCUUAUAGUGGAACUCCUUCACUUUUUCUCUUGCGAAUUUAUUUCUAACAAAGAAAGCCAAAAGUAUAGUGCGAAUGAGGGGUAUUUUAUUAUGGUAUUCAAGUUUUGGAAGCCAAAUAAAAUCGUAAAAAUUGUAUUGUGCUUUCUAAAUCGAAAAAGAUUAUUAUUACAUUUUUUAUGAAAAUCUUAUUAUACAGUUCUGAAAUCAUAUAGCAAUUUAAACAUUUUGUAUAAGUCUCUGAUUAUGAUUUCCCUUUUUCUAAUAAACCAGAGAUAUUGCCGCAUAAGUGCGUCGUACUAUAAUCCCAUCUCAAACGCAAACCUUGCUAAACUACGAACUCCUUCAUGAUAUCCUUAAAAUUGAUACAAAAUUAUUACAAUAAAAACGUUUAUCGAAUUAUUGCAGACAAGACGUAUAGUUAAGUUGUUGGAAAUGCAUUUAAUUACCAAUUAAGAAUAUUUAAAAUAUAAUAAAUGAAUACAAGAAUUUUAUUUAAGAAAGAAAUAAAAAAAGAAAAAAUCGCAGGCAACUAUAAAUCGGAAAACAAAAAAGAAAAAAGCAAAAAACUUACAAAAAAUAUUUAAAAUGCGAGAAAAAUUGUUAAUCAUUCAAAUAUUGACUUAUUGAACGGUAUUUAAUAUUAUUUAUUUCUAGUCAAAAUACAAAUGAAGGGAAAUUAAGUAAAGCAAUGCUUAAAGAUUUUGAACUUAUAAUUCGCAAGUAAUUGAAUUCAUGCACUUCAUUAACAUAUAAUACUUACAAAACCUUUAAGUAUAAAACAGGGAGAAGCAUUGAAUAAAAAGUACUACUAAAAUAUA